AGGACCACAUAUGGUUUAUAACAACAAAUGAUCAUAUCAGUGUGAAAAUUUCCAUGUUGCAGGGAAAAAAGAAAGAGAUUUAAAUCAGUUCGGUUUCCGAUACAGGAUGAGACGUAAAUUUAGGAUUAAGUGGAAUGGGAAAUGACUUUAAACUUUAAGAACAAAAGGGACCAGAAAUGGGUAAUUCAUGCUGCCAUCUAUCACGUAAAAUAUGCAUUGAUAAAGGAGAAGAUGAGCAAAGGCAAUUUGAAUUGAGACAUUCUAGUGAGGAACAGUGGGAUGCAGUAUCGUGCAUACACUAUACUAGUGACAUGAAUUACAUCAAUGAAGUUGAUUUGAAUUCUCCUGUUGAGUAUCAGACAUCAGUUUUGGAAUCACCUGAAGACUACAAAGAGUUUCCAAGAUACGACAGCAGCGGAUAUUCAACUGCUUCAACAAUUUUUUUCGCAGAAAGAACGCAUGUUGUCAGCCCUGAUUUCGCGGACAAGAGUGACCCAAUUUCGCUAUCCGAAAGACGUGGCCUUACUACAGAAAAUGAAAGCACCAUUAAAAGAAAUUUCAGAUAUCUGAAGGAGGAAAUUGAUGUAGAUUGUGGACUGCUAGAUCACUUUAUUCAAGAAAACAUCUUUACCGAUGAUCAAGUGGAGUCUGUCAAUUCAGCUGGUUCACGACGGCGGAAAGUGGAUUGUUUCCUCAGAAUGCUCCUGCGUUCGAAACGGUUUGCAUAUGGACAAUUUCUGGACGUUCUGAAACACACAAAAUGUGAUCAUAUUCGGGAAUUCCUUGAAUCACAAUUAUCUCAAGGAAAAUUAGAGGUAGGCAACUGCACUGUGCUUGAUGCUGUCAAAGGACAACAUGCUAUUCAUUUGCAUUAUGAUGUUAUUGUAGAUCAAUUAGAGCCCGACAACAUUGCUGAUUUUUUCAUACAGUAUGAGGAAUUUACUGUUGAUGAGUAUGAAUCUGUUAUAAGUCAGAUAACACGUAGAGACAAAGGUUUAAAGCUCCUGGAGAUACUUUCUUUUGCAAAACAUAUGCCUCGGGGAUAUUUUGUUCUCCUUAAAGCAUUGGAAGACACAAAGGAGAUAUAUUUAUACCAGUUGCUGACCAGUAACUUGAAAUUUAAAUCAGAUCCUGAACUACAUGUUAAAGAUACAAAACAAAUGACUCAAAUUCUGCUCCUACAAGAAGAACAGACUCACAUGAAAGAUGAGAACGAAAUUAUUAUCAAAACAACGAUAGUUACUACAGUUAAGAAACAAAAAGAAGCAUUUGGGCAAAAUAAAGACACAGAAGGGAAAAUAAUUGAAACAAUAAAGAUGGAAAAUGUCCAAUUUGAAUUAAAUGAUAUUCUCUUUUCCGAUACAAAAUGUUUGAUUACCGACGUGAAGAAAGGAAGUAUAGUGUUUCGAAUUAAGUGUUGUGAAAAUAAUUCAUUGAAGGAAUUACUGAAGAAAGGGAAUCAGGAAGGCAUACAGAAAAUCCUUAAAGUGAUUUUCUCACAUCCACAUGUACAGAAAUAUCUAGGAGAAGGAUAUGUUUUGGUUACAGAACUUGAAUAUAUGAAAACAUGUGAUGAAGAGAAGAUAGCUGGAAAAAAACAUACAAGCAAAGACGUCCUAUCAAAGAAUUAUUCUUUUAUGGUUGAAGAGAUUGACUCCGUCUUGUUUCAAGAUCUAGAUAUAUUUACCCAGGAAGAAAAAUAUAAAUUGUGUGAAUUGAGAAAAGUGUCUCGGGCUAAGGCAACUAUGGAAAUGUUCACAUUCCUGCUGGCCAAACCCGAAAGUGAUGUUGACAAGUUUUUGGAAGAAAUAAAGCUGAAAAAGAAGUUUAUAUGGAACCAUAUUUGUUCUGAAGAUGUUCAAUAUUUACCUGACGAUGCUUUGGUGUCAUGUUAUGAUAUUCUUGUGGAAAACAUAAGCCCCUCCAUCAUAGCCAAUCACUGUAUAGAUAACAGAUUAUUACCGAACUAUCAAGCCUUCGCAUCAACAGUACACCAAAGAAAAUCACGUGCUAAAUAUAUGGUUCACGAACUCUUAAAGGAUGGGUCUCUGGAAAAAACAACCUUCCUAGGAAUUGUUUCAAAGGUUGACAACAGUUCCUGGGAUCUUUGUAAAGAAAGUCAAGGAUGUAUGCUGAAAUCAAAGCUGAAGUCUAAAGAUGAAGUUAAUGAGCAUUGUGGGUCUCUAAGUAUACCUAAACCUUCCGAGAAUGACGAAGCUGCUUCAAUUGGACCUUGUCAGGAACUGAAACAAAUAGAUGAUGAAAGGAUAAAGUAUAAAACUAAGAUAAAGAUUCAUCACUUGAACAAAGCGGAAGUUUCUGAAACAUCUGAAACUGAAGAGGGUAAGACAGGUGUAAAAAGAACGCCAGACCAAGCUGAUACUGAAAGCGGGUAUGAAUCAUUGUCUUUGAACAGAAGAACAGAGUUGCUUGAAGGAUUUAGCUUGCUAGUUUGAAUAUCUUCGGAAGAUCUGGUGCCAGUAGAGCAUGUUAUUUAUCGAAACAAGUUAUAGCAGUCAUUAAAUCUCUCUGUGUGAACAGACAAUAUACAUACAGUAAAUAACAAAUUGCACAUUCCGUGUAGAUAUAUAACCACUUGUAUCAUUUUAAUGGAGUUGCAAACAGCUACGUAUGUGUUUGACAAAGUGAAACAAAACUCCUGAAGCUAACCUUGAUGAUUUAAGCACUGUCCUGGCAUUAUUUUCUUACACGCCAGUAUGACAGACAACCUUGUUAAGCAAGAAAUCGACCUAUGGUUAGGUUAUAGUUACAUUGUUACUUUAAGGGUUAAUUAUACGUUCUUUAUCUUUAAUCUGAAAAUUUCAAUUUCUAUAAAGACUGUA